AUUCAUUACAUUCCUCUGGGUAUUAUGCAGUCCUAUGUCCUUACGAUAUCAGACACCACAUCAGUUGGAAAUUGAUUUUUAUAACUAAAAAUUUGGCAUCCAUGUGUUUUGCACUAAACUGAUAUUUGACAGCUGUUGAGUACGUCAAUUGCAUCAUUCAAAAUGUUUAAAAACACGAUAAAAGUCUUCUUCAGAUAUAAUAAAUUAAAUGUUAUUCCAUUGUGUGUUGCAAAAGUGAAGCAAGUACAAAUUCCACAAAAUUUGUUACCAAAACCGUGGCUCAAACAACAAAUAAUUUUUGGAUUAAGUAUUCUUGGUUGGUUAGGUUUUGAGAAGGAUGAUGCAGAAAAGGAAUCUGAACUAAUUAUGACCAUUAAACGUGCAAUACUAUGCAACCAGAGGGAACAGUUUGAUAAAGCAGAGCAAAUGCUUCACCUAGCUUUAAGGUUAGCACAGCAACAACAAAAUAGCCAGGGUGUUUUAUAUUGUUAUGACUUAAUGGCCAAUUUGGCUAUGGAUACACACCAAUUGGAAAAAUCUGAAAAGCUUUUUGUUAGUGUAAUGCAAAUGCUUUUUGCUGCAGGAGUAAAAGAGGAUGAUUUAAAAAUGAUCCAUGUAAGUUUGAAAUUGGCUCGUAUUAGCCAUUUAUUAGCACAGGAAGAAAAGGCUGCCCUGGGUUACAAAUGGUGUUUAGAAAAAAUUGACAGUAAAAGAAAAGCAAGCACUGAUUCAAAAAUUUUGUAUGGUAUCAUACAGGAUUGGUAUGCUCAGUUCUUGUUAGAUCAUGGCAAAAUAGAAGAAUCUAAAAUGCAUUUACAAGAAGCAUACAAUGUGUGCUGUGAUGUGCAAGGGAAAAAUACAGAACAAAGCAUGUUAUUAUUAAAUGAUUUGGGAAUAACCAGUUGGAGGGCAGGUGAUAUGGCAAAGGCAGAAGAAUUUUUAAAGGAUGCUGUUAAAACUGGUAAAGCCUUAGAGGAUAAAUCACAUGUAGGUGUGGUACAUGCAAAUCUUGGUUUGAUUUAUUUGCAAAGUGGAAUGGCUGAAGUGGCAAAAAAAUAUUGCAAACAAGCAUGGCAAAUUGGAAACAAAAAUUCCAACACAGAAUCUAUUGAGCAAGCCAAUUAUUGUUUUGAUCAAAUAAAAGAAUUUUUAGGCAAAUAAUAUUUCAAGACAUUGGAUUUUGUAUAUUGUGA